AUGUAUUCAUCUGGUACAACUGGUGCACCAAAAUGUAUUGUUCAUGGACAUGGUGGAACAUUAAUAAAUCAUUUAAAAGAACAUCGAUUACACAGUAAUAUGAAAGAUGGAGAUAUUUUAUUUUAUUUUACAGCUGUUUCGUGGAUGAUGUGGAAUUGGCUAAUUUCAUCGAUUGCACUUGGUACACCAAUUGUGCUUUAUGAUGGUUCACCAAUCGUACCAGAUUACUAUCGACUUUGGGAUUUAGCUGAUGAAAUCGGAAUAACAAUAUUCGGCUGUAGUGCUCGUUAUUUAACAGCAUUAGAAGAACAACAUAUAUCACCUCACACACAUAAUAAACUUAAAAAAUUACAUACAAUUUUAUCAACUGGUUCACCAUUACACAGUCGAAUAUUUGAUUAUGUUUAUACAAAUAUCAAAACAAAUGUUCUAUUAGGUUCCAUAACUGGUGGAACAGAUAUUAUUUCAUGUUUUGCUGGUGUUAAUCCAACAUUGAGUGUUCAUCGAGGAGAAAUACAAUCUCCACAUUUAGCUAUGGCUAUUGAAUGUUGGUCUGAAGAUGGAAAAAAAUUGGAAGGUGAAAGUGGCGAACUUGUUUGUGUUAAACCAUUUCCUUCGAUGCCUGUUAAUUUUUGGAAUGAUUCAGAUGGCGAAAAAUAUCGUCGAGCCUAUUUUGAUAAAUUUCCAGGUAUAUGGAAUCAUUCUGAUUUUUGUCUUUUUAAUCCAGUUACUCGAGGCAUUGUUAUGCUUGGUCGAAGUGAUGGUACUCUUAAUCCUAAUGGUAUUCGAUUCGGUUCAGCUGAAAUUUAUUCCGUUGUCGAUCAAUUCAACGGUGAAAUUCUCGAUAGUUUAUGUGUAGCACAAAGAAAUCCUUCAACUGGCAAUGAACGAGUUAUACUUUUUCUUAAAGUAAGUAAACAAAAAAAAGAAAAAGAAAAACAAAGUUGA